UUAUAAUUAUUAAAAUUGCACCUGUCUGCGUUGAGUUAAAUGGGGUAUAACAGGCAUUUAUCUCGGUUUGGUAAAAUAAUAUUGCGUCAUUACAUUGCGCUCCAUUCGCCUUCAUAACCAAUUGUGAAUAGCCUACGAGUGGCCAGCCAAAGGAGCGCGCUCAGUCUUUAAAUUCUGGUUGGAACAUGGUGAAACUGAGAAGCUACAGGAUUGUAAUUGUUUACAAUAGUCUUUGAAGAGCGACAAACCAACUUAAGUAACAUUUAAUAAUAUAUGGAUUUAAUAGGUUUAUUUUACGUAUCAGACAUUGUAUAUUGGUUUUAGGUUUAGGAUUUAAUGAUGGAACGUGAUCCGAUUCCUGUUUGGAUUCCUUUGGACUAAUUGGUUAGUGAUAUUGUCUAUAUUGACAAUAAGCCCUUUAUUGUUAAUGUUCAUAUUUGCAUUCGCACUUUAAACUUUAACUGUUGCUUAAAAUAUGCAGUUGCAUAUCAAGCGUGAAUUGUGACAUAAAACAACGUAUUAGGUAAAGCCUCUAUCUCGCACGAAAUGCUUUUGCAAACAUUGGAGCGAUUUUUCCAGACUUUUAUUCUGCAAAAACAUACCUCAUUUUAAUUAAUAAGCUACUGACAUUCUCGAAUGUGGACCACUACAAACGAUGUUUACCGAGGGGGCGAAUCGAAACUUCAGCUGUAAUGGAACCAGCGAGGACCCCCUGAGCUCUCUGGAUGAAUGGAACGAGAUCCCAGCGAAGAGGCUUUCCCGGACGGGACACCAUGUGAUGUCCGUCUUCCUUGGAUCCAUUAUGGUUUUUGGUUUCCUUAACAACCUAGUGGUGUUGAUCCUGUUUGUAAAGUUCAAGACUCUGCGGACGCCUGUGAACAUGCUUUUGCUGAACAUCAGCGUGAGCGACAUGUUGGUGUGCCUCUGUGGCACCACACUCAGCUUCGCAUCCAGUCUACACGCGCGCUGGCUGUACGGGAGACAUGGGUGCAUGUGGUACGGCUUCGUCAACUCUUGUUUCGGAAUUGUGUCACUAAUCUCCUUGGCUGCCCUCUCCUAUGACCGCUACAGCACCUUAACCGUGUACAACAAGCGCGCCCCAGACUAUCGCAAGCCUCUACUGGCCGUGGGAGGCUCCUGGCUCUACUCUCUGUUCUGGACAGUGCCCCCCCUGCUGGGAUGGAGUAGUUAUGGCCUGGAGGGGGCCGGGACCAGCUGCUCGGUCACUUGGACAUCCCGUACCCCACAGUCCCACUCUUACAUCAUCUGCCUGUUCAUCUUCUGUCUGGGGCUGCCUGUAUUGGUCAUGAUCUACUGCUACGGGAGGCUGCUCUACGCUGUUAAACAGGUGGGGCGGAUCCGUAAGACCGCAGCACGACGGCGGGAGUUCCACAUCCUCUUCAUGGUGAUCACCACGGUGGUGUGCUACCUGCUGUGCUGGAUGCCGUACGGCGUGAUCGCCCUGAUGGCCACAUUUGGCCACCCGGGCCUGAUCACCCCCAUUGUGACGGUCGUGCCCUCCCUCAUGGCCAAGAGCAGCACCGUCAUCAACCCCCUCAUCUACAUCCUCAUGAACAAACAGUUCUACAGGUGUUUCCUCAUCCUGUUCAACUGCAAGGGGCCCAGCUCUGAGAACUGUGUCUCCUCCAUGCCCUCCAAAACCACCGUCAUCCAGCUUAACCGACGGGCCCAAAGCAAGAACGUAGCCGCCACACCCCAGCUCUCCGUCACCCCCAACCUCCAUAACCACAGCCAGCAUGCCAACACGGAGGGCAGCAUCAACGACCUCCAAGCCUGUGACCAGAUCAACCCAGACUCCACCUCCUGUGGACAGCCAUGCACAUCCCUGACCACCCCCCAAAGCCCUUCUCGACCCAACUCCGCUUUCAGCCACGUGAGAGAUGCUGUCCAGUGAGCCACGCCGCCACGUGACGUCAACCCCCGAAACAGGAUAUGAUCUCAUACCAGACAUCUGUAAUGUGGCCCCACCCAGUGUACCACUGUGGCAUUAAGGCUCCGCCUUGACGCUCCGCCCAGGCAAUUGUUACGUGGUGUCGUCCCACAUCUGUCCACGCGGCCGAGGUGCCCGCAGUGUCACGUCGCCCGAGAACUCAUUCACGCUCAUGCGGGUGAUCCCCUCCACAGCGUCCCCCAGAUGGCUAGCAGUGUGUUCUACCCAAACAGUGACCUGCUCCGUGUCGUCCCCCCUGUAACCUCAGUGUGAUCCAUUAUCCAUCAUUACUCGGGUUAAAUAGUAAUGGUGUAAAUAUCCUCCUGUCCGGUCUGUGGUAGUGAUACAUUAAAACCUAAUAAAUCCUGUAUUUUUCCUCCA